GUGCCUGUGUGCGUGAGAUGGGGGUGCCGUUUUUAUAUUGAUUAAAUUAACUGUUAUUAAGUCCAUUGCGCCGAGCGUCGCCUUCCAUGUAAACAACAAACAGCUGUUUUCGGGAAUUAGAACCUUCAGUGUUGGUUAACGCCAGGCAUAAGGAUCGCACAUUUUUUGCUGAAAACAAUAAUUAACAAUAAUUGCGCUUAAGAGACGCACUUUAUUUGCUUGAUAUUUGUACAAUCAACAAAGUAUAAGUUGCUUUCGUGGAGAAAGCUGAAUUUAAUGUGGUUUGAAUUGUAACAACAGUGCUAAAUAAUAAUUAAGAUAUAUAUUUGAAACGAUCUGAAUUAGAUGAUAUUUUAAUUAAUUUCCUCCUCAGGAAUGUAACAUAAAAAUGUGUUUUAUGAUCACUUAAUAAGACCUACUGAAUACCAUAAUUAAAUCAUGAAAAACCAAGAUUAAACUCGAAACCGUAUACCAAUUUACCUACGUACCAAUCAAGUGCCGUCAUUUACUACUUGAAAGUAACACAAUAAAUGUACUUAGCAUACAACUGACUGACUUAAUUAAAAUCUUUUCAAAUAAAUUGUGUUAAAUGACAGAUAAAGGUAUUAAACGUAUCCCAGUAAACAACGAAAAACAAAAUAUUUACCUGUUAAAUACUAAACUUCAGCUUUCUAAAUAAAGUGUAUCAAGGGGCACUAAAAGUUAAAGUGCUAGAUAAAAUCUCUUUAGACUAAAAAUGCCCGACUUUUAUGAACUUCUGAAUGUGCCCUCCACGGCCAGCUUCGAAGAGAUCAAAUGCAGCUACAAACAAUUGAUACUACAAUGUCAUCCCGACAAAUUGCGACAGCUCGAUGACCCAAAUCCGGGAUCGGAGGCCCAGAACAGCGACUUCAACGCGAUAAACGCGGCGUGGAACACACUGAAAGAUCCCAUCAGGCGCAAACACUACGAUGCCGAACUGCUGCAGUCGAAAUUCCGGGCCCACAGCAACAUAUACGCCACAGUGGAGCUGGAUGAAAUGCAGCGGGUACAAGUGGAAAUCGAAGAAGACGACGAGGCACCGGCACCUCCCUCCCGAGAAUCUGAGUCCCAAUCCGAAUCUAAAGCAGACAAAGGGCCGGCGACAAUGUGGAGCUAUGCGUACGACUGUCGGUGCGGCGGUCAGUAUCUGUUCGAUGGACCCGGAGACGGAGACGAUGAGUCACCCGAAGUGAUUGUGGAGUGCAACGAGUGCUCUUUAGUGAUUAUUGUGAAACAAGCCAGCCGCAAGUUGUAAAUAAAGAAACCCAGCAAGCAAUGGAACUGCUGCCCAGCACAAUGCUUGCGAAUCCAACUAUUCGA